UCCUAUACCGGAUAUCAUCCUGAAGAUAUUCCCAAAGGCGCCAUCAACCCUUUGGAAACUUCAAAAUGGCGCUACGUCAACGCCGUCAUGUACAACCCCAUUCUCGCCCUCAUAAAAAUGUCCUUCCUCCUCACCCUCAUCAAGCUCGGACACCCCGGCCGCGCCAUCCGCAUUUCACUCUGGUUCCUCUUCGCGGUCAACGUCGCAUUCCUCUUCGCAGGCACCCUCAUCGCAAUGCUGUCCUGCAUCCCCAUUCCCAGAUUCUGGGACAAAAGAAUUCCAGGCUACUGCGUCAACACGAAGAAAUACAUCUACUCGACCAUCGCCGUCACCAUCACCACCGACGUCCUCGUCACCCUGAUGCCAGCGUGGAUCCUGUCCGGCCUGCACAUGUCGCGCAAGCAAAAGGUCAUGAUCAUAGCCUUCAUGUCCCUGGGCCUCAUCGUCGCGGCCAUAGCGUCCUACCGCCUCGCAUACUUUGUCCGGAUCUUCAGACUCAAUGAUCCCCUGCACCAGGAGUCGCCGUACAAUGUGCGCACGCCGCUGUCCAACAUCGAGGGAAACCUAGCGGCCAUAGCGGCGUGCGGUCCGACGCUGAAGUGGAUCUUGUCGCGUUUCUUCCCGUUCUUUGGCUCGAGC